CUCUAUCGAAUUUAUCGAGCUCACCUGAUGGCAGCCAGAGAAGGAGAAACCAGUGAGAAGCCCAAGAACGUAGUUACUGCUCCAGUCUUCGUCGAUAAUGACUCCUUACGUUCUACCCUUUCCUACCCAUCUCUUCUCAAACACCUUCAAUUUUCUCUACCCGCCACGAACUCGAUUCAAUCCCCAAUUCGCCAAAACUAUUCCAUUGAUUCCUCAUCGUCUCUGCUCCUAAUGCCAUCUUGGUCUCUCUCUUCUUCGCUCCCCUACAUCGGUGUCAAGCUCGUAACCUCUUUUCCCCAAAACUCCGCUCGAAACUUACCCGGAAUACAUGCAACUUAUGUCCUCUUCAAUUCGGUUACAGGCCAAACUUUAGCUUUCAUGGAUGGAACUGAAUUGACUCUAUGGAGAACUUCAUGUGUAUCUGCUCUAGCUUCCAAAUUCUUAUCGAGAGAAGAUGCCAAGGUACUCGUGAUGAUCGGAGCGGGUUCUUUAGCUCCGCACCUCAUCAAAGCUCACCUUGCCGUUAGACCCAGUUUGAAGAAAGUGAUAAUUUGGAACCGAAGGGUGGAGAGAGCUAGUGAUUUGGCUAUCAAGUUACAAGAAGAGGAAGAAUUAAGGGGUGUUUCUUUUGAGCACAACGGGUGCUUGGAUGAGAUUAUUGGGUUGGGUGAUAUUGUGAGUUGUGCGACGAGCUCUGAGAUUCCGAUUGUGAAAGGUGAGGCAUUGAAGGCAGGUGCCCAUUUGGAUUUGGUUGGAUCUUUUACGCCUUCAAUGAGGGAAUGUGACGAUGAGGCUGUUAAGAGAGCAAAAGUUUUUGUUGAUUGUGAGGCUGCGUUGGUGGAAGCUGGGGAAUUGGUGGGUGCUUUUGAAAGGGCACUUCUUUCGCCGGGAGAGAUUGGUGGGAGAUUGGUUGAUUUGAUCAAGGGAGAUAAGGUUGGAAGGGCUAAUUCUGAUGAGAUAACUCUGUUCAAGUCUGUUGGUUCUGCUGUUGUCGAUAUCCUGGGAGCCCAACUGGUAUAUGAGACUUUCAUGGAUGUUAAAUUUAAAGGCUAGGGUUGAUUCCUGUUCAUUUGCUUUCAUUACAUCCAUGUCUGAGGAUGGUAUUUAUAGCCUAAUAUUUAUUCUAAUUAUUCUAUGUU